UUGCUCCUCAUGCCCAGCAGAAAGGGCGAGCUGCGGACGGGCUCCAGUGUGUGAGCGGCGGCUCCUGAGGAACAGACCCACCAUGUCAGACUCCAUCAAAAACGUCGCGAUCUUUGGAGCCACGGGGAUGACCGGGCUGGUGACCCUGCCGCAGGCUGUGGCUGCAGGCUACAGUGUGACGGUGCUGGUCCGGGACGCCUCCAGGCUGCCGGCCGACCACAAGGCGUCCCGAGUGGUGGUGGGUGAUGUCUUGAACAAAGACGACGUGAAGAAGACCAUGGAGGGCCAGGAUGCCGUCAUCAUCAUCCUGGGCACCAGGAAUGACCUCAGCCCCACCACCAUGAUGUCUGAGGGCACCAAGAACAUCCUGGAGGCCAUGAAGGCUCGCGGCAUCCGCAAAGUUGUCGGCUGCAUGUCAGCCUUCCUGCUGUGGGACCGCUCCAAGGUCCCGCCCCGUCUGGUCCCCGUGACCGAGGACCACGACAGGAUGUACACUGCGCUGAAGGAGUCUGGGCUGGACUACGUGGCCGUCAUGCCUCCUCACAUCGCCGGCGACCAGCCGCUGACGGAGCGCUACGAGGUGACGGAGAACAUGCUGAAAGGAAGAGCCAUCUCCAAGUUCGACCUGGGACAUUUCUUCGUCAAGUGUCUGUCCACCUCGGAGUGGGACGGCAAGACUGUGGGAGUGUCUGGACAGUACAGUUAAUCCGCCCAAACACACACACACGCAGUGAUAGUGCAGGAUGUAAAUGGAAUCACUGCGUGGCUGUUCUCUGUUUGGAGAGAUGUUUGUUCAUGUUGAGAAUUAGAGUGAGAAUGAAGGAAGUGUGUUGAUUCAAACCUUUAGCUUAGUUUAGAUAAACCAUUAAUGCUUAAAUCUCAUCAUGUUUUCACCUUUUAAAAUCCUGACUGAGCCGCUUUGGCUUUGUGUCAUUGUUGUACUGACGUCCAGUUUGUCUCCGGCCACGCUCAGAGACAUUGGAUCAACAUGUGCCAGACGUUCACUGCUGUUUUUCAGAGCUUUAUAUCAGAUCUUUUAUUUUACAAGUGUAACAAAACUGCAUAUGGAUCGCUUUGUGUGCCAUCAGCGAAACUUUCAUCAUGUGAUGCUUCUUCUGGGGCCAUUCCACUGCAUGCUUGUCAUUUUUAUAGCUUUUGAAAUAAAGGAGUUUAUUGUAC